AAACCGACAUUGCAGCCUCAUCAUCAUCAUCGUUGAUAUAUAUAUAUUUAGAGAGAGAGAGAGAGAGAGAGAGAGAGAGAGAACACCAACUCCAUAUCUCAAUUUCAUUCUCAGACAACAAUCAGCAGCAGCAGAAGAAGAAAUUAAUUGAAGAAGAAGAUCGAAGAAGAAGAAGUCUGUGUGAUAGUUAAUUGAUUAAUUAAUUAAUGGUGCAGAGGAGACGAUAGACGAUGCUGUGGAGCAUUUUCCAGAAGCUUACCUGCAUAACCCCACCCUUGCCUUCCACUUCCACUUCCACUUCCAUCCACAGUUUCCCGGAAAGCAUUCGUUAUGCGACUCGGUUUAGAAGAAGGGAACGCGAGGACUUCCGAUUGUCGGCGAUGUCUCAAUCGAGGGUAGAUAUAGACUGCUCGGAAAGUGAGUUACGCGCGAGAGGAAUCUCCCUCGAAGGCAUCGGAGACAGCUUUGUUGUAAGAAUGGAGCUCAAGGAUGGAACAUCGGCAAAGUUAAUGUUACCGAGUGGUCUUAUUACAUCAUUCAAGCCUCGAAUGUGGCACGGCGGGACAAUGGAGGUGUUGCAUACCUUGGUGUCUGAACCGGACCACAACGAUAGCGCCAGAGCCCUCAUUCACGGCGGAUUGUCUUUAGCUUUAGAAUGUCUUGACGAAGCCGGGAUCGCGUGGUCUCCCGAUUCUUGGACCCUUUGUCAAGUUAGCGGAUCUCCUCGAAAUUCCAUACAGGUCGAAUUGAUCGAAAGAAACGAAGAAAAUGUCGAAGUGAAGCACAUUGUGUCGCUCGGAAGCGAUCUUUUGAACUCGGAGGUUGUAGUGAUUAAUCAAUCAACCACGUCGCCACUCACCGUUAGGGGUUCUUCGUUAUGCCAUCUUGGGGUGAGCACCCCCGAUGCAACCUAUGCAUUGGGAUUAGACGGCUCGGAUUUCCUCGUCCACCCACCCCUCGUAUCUCGUUUUAGCCUCAUCCCCGACAAAGACCCCGGAAAGACAAAAGGGUGGCCAUUUAGCCAACUAUUUUUCCAAAAGAAUCCCGGAAACUCGACUGCUGAAGAUCCUAUGGAAAACUUGUGGGGUGAAGAAGAAGACGCCCACAAACAUUUGACGCAAAAGCUAAGCAUGAUCUACAAGAGCGCUCCCCGAGCUUUCACCGUAAUUGAUCGGGGUAGGAGGAAUUCGGUGACGAUGAGACGAGAUGGGUUCAAAGAAGUGUAUGUAUUCAGCCCGGGAUCGGAGCACGAAUGGUACGGAAAGUAUUCGUAUGUUUGCAUUGGACAUUCAGCUCAUCUUGAACCAAUACUAUUGAAUGCUCAAAGUGAAUGGAGAGGAACUACACAGCUAUGGAAUCCGAAUUCGUAGUUCCAAUUGAUUUUUGCACUAUUCAUCAAAUUUUUUUAAUUUAAGAUAUACUACAAGGGUACUCGAAAUGUCAAAAUUAUGCGGAGUUUAUUUUUUGUAAACACCAAAAAAUAUAUAUAUAUAUAUAUGUGUGUCCGCGCGCUAUUUUGAGGAUGUUUGGACUUUUAAUGUGCGAUGAGUUGAUUUAAAAUCAACGAGAACUUUUCAUUUCGGAGA